AAGGUCCACAGACCACAUUUUGUUAGGGGUUGCCCAGCUGUUUUCUUCGUCUUGCUAAGCUAGCAAGACCUUGUUCAUUGGAAAAUGAGUUUGAACUUGAAUUAUUUUGUAUGUGCUCAAACCACGUUGACUAUUUAGCGAUACCGAGCAGGACUCUUUCCCGUAUUGUUUCCACAUGGACUGGUGAUUUUGCAGCCGUAUCCUCCCUCGAAUAUACCGUCACAUAGCUCUAAAGACAUGGCAGAAGGAGGCUUUGACCCUUGUGAAUGCAUCUGCAACACUGAGUACGCAAUGAGGCGCCUCAUUAACCUGCUCCGAAAUUCUCAGUCUUACUGCACAGACACAGAGUGCCCUUUGGAAAUACCUGGGCCAAGCGGAGGGUCACUCCAUGAUUGGGAAGAACUGACCCUCCCAUUUAUGGUGAUUGGAUGGAUGGUCCUUGCUCUAAUCCUCUUCUCGCUGCGCCCUUCUUCUCUCAGAGGUGGUCCCGCUUCCACUGACAAACCCACCGAACCCCAUAAUAGAGGUGGAAGAGAACCACCAGCGCCACCUGUUGACUAGGAGAGGGAAUCUAGCAGUCCUCAACUGGAGAUAGACAUUGACCCCAAGUGUGUUGCUGUGGCACAGAUAACACCCAUGGCAGCCUUCAUUAAAAGAUAUUUUUCCUAUUUUUACUCAGUUCUAAUUCCAGUGUGUUUUGGAUAUUGUAAUUGCUGGCACUGGGCCAAAACCACAUGUCAAAAUUCGAGUGAAUGUACUAUGCUAUCUAUCGGUCAGUCCACAUUUGUACGUACCCUUUUUUUUUUUUAAACGAUUUAUGACUACUCUAAAGAGUUGAAAAUGGCUUGCACUCUUUGACAGUGCAAUGUUAAUGGUAAAACAAACAUGCCGUCUUUUUGAUGUCAGAGGAAGUGAUGAUUUUGAGGUACAAGGAUUCCAUUCAAUGAUCUCCCUCACUAGAACCUUACUGAAGCUCAUGCUUUUUUUUUUUUUAGGUCAGUCCGUCAAUGUCCAAAUAUGAAAACAAAUUAGACACCAUAUGGAUGUAUUGUAUGAAUGUAUGCAUACUAUACCCGUAAUUACUUGUCUAAUGAUCAGUUUUUGAAUGUGUUAUGUUACUGAAGUUUGUUACUGAAAUGAAGGACACACCGUAUUUAUGUCACUCAUUGAAAGCAAGUCCAUGAAUCUAUCAGUUAAGAUACUCCCAUUGGAUACAUGUUUUGUGUAAUCAAAUUACUGUAACUACCGUAUACAGUGGAUAAUCAUAAAAUGAUUUUCAUUGAAAAUGUUUAAUUAAUAAUUAAACAUUACCUAUGUUUGGACAUACAGCCUCA